AUGCAGAAAUAUGAAAAGCUUGAAAAGAUCGGAGAGGGUACAUAUGGGACAGUGUUCAAGGCUAAAAAUAGAGAAACUCAUGAAAUCGUGGCUCUGAAACGAGUCCGACUAGACGACGAUGAUGAGGGGGUGCCCAGCUCAGCACUCAGAGAGAUCUGUCUUUUGAAAGAAUUAAAACAUAAAAACAUUGUUAGGCUACAUGAUGUUUUGCACAGUGACAAGAAGUUAACUUUGGUUUUUGAAUAUUGUGACCAGGAUUUGAAGAAAUAUUUCGACAGCUGCAAUGGAGAUCUAGAUCCCGAAACGGUGAAGUCAUUCAUGUAUCAGUUGUUGAAGGGCCUUGCCUUUUGCCACAGCCGGAAUGUGCUGCAUCGUGACCUGAAGCCACAGAAUCUACUCAUCAACAGAAAUGGAGAACUGAAACUGGCUGACUUUGGCUUGGCUCGAGCGUUCGGGAUUCCUGUGAGGUGUUACUCUGCAGAGGUGGUGACAUUGUGGUACCGGCCUCCUGACGUGCUCUUUGGUGCAAAACUCUACUCUACCUCAAUUGACAUGUGGUCUGCUGGAUGCAUAUUUGCAGAGCUGGCUAAUGCAGGGCGCCCACUCUUCCCUGGCAACGACGUGGACGACCAGCUCAAGAGAAUCUUCCGGUUGUUGGGCACACCGACUGAAGAGCAGUGGCCCACAAUGACCAAACUCCCAGACUACAAGCCAUAUCCAAUGUAUCCAGCCACCACCUCGCUGGUUAAUGUGGUACCAAAACUAAGUAGCACAGGCCGAGACUUACUCCAGAACCUGUUGAAAUGUAACCCAGUGCAGCGGAUCUCAGCGGAGGAGGCCUUGCAGCACCCGUACUUCGCCGACUUCUGCCCUCCGUAA